UAUAUGAUUUGAUGUGUAUCUUAUACAACUUUUACGCACGGUUUUGACGCACGAAACAGAUAAAUGUGACCCACUGACCCAGAUUAAUGUCAAUAAAGCUCUUUCAGGAUAAAGAAAAAAUGUUUUGUUUUUUCUUUUUCUUCUUGCUGAUCAUGUUCAGUCUUUUCGGUGUUUACACUCGGCAGCCCCCUUUCUCUCUACACUUUGUACUCUAGCAUGCUGCAGGACUGCAACUAUUGUUGGGCAGAGUGAUUGGGGUUUCUGUACAAUCUCCCGUGACCAAUGAGCGGGGUGCUGUCAGGGGUAACCACAUCUGUCAACCGUUCUUGGCCAAUAAAGAGCGGAGCGAGGCGGACCACAGGUGCGCGCCUCUGCGUCCCCUUGGCACAGCGCCCGGGAGAUGCUGGAGAGAGAAGCCUAGCUGCCCCGUGGCGCAAAAGAGUUACUGUCAAAGGCAGCCUCAUUUUAACUCCAGCUAUCACUCUGGCUCCGAUAGUUAUGGCGACUGCAACGUCCAACCACUACAGCGUCCUCACCACCCCCAGCAGCGCGCCGCCGCCGCACUCGGAGUCCGGGAGCAUGCAGCAGGCGGCAGCGUACAGGGACGCGCACACCCUGCUCCAGAACGACUAUAGCACGUUACCGGGCGGUGGACAUCCGCUCAGCCACGCGCACCAGUGGAUAACGGCGCUGUCUCACGGUGACGGCGGAGCGCCCUGGCCAUCUAGUCCCCUCGGAGAACAGGACGUGAAGCCCGUGCUGCACGACAGUGACCGAGAGGAGCUGCAGAACUCCAGCAGUCUGCAGCAACAGCAGCAACAGCAGCAGCAACAACAGCGACACCCUCACCUAGCGCACCAGCAGGCGCAUCACGACGCCAGAGCAUGGCGAACCAGCACAGCCACCACUCACAUCCCCGGCAUGGCGACAUCUGAGGGCCAGAGCCUGGUGUAUUCCCAGUCCGGCUUCGGUCUGAUGCCGGGGGGAGAGCAAGGAGGGAUGCACCACCACCCCCUGCGGGACGAGGACCACCACAGCCACAGCCCGCACCUCAGUGAACAUGGAGGCGGCCCUGGGGCCCACCAGCAGUCUCUCUCACACCAUCACCAGCACGGGGGCCAUCAGGACCAGUCGGACGAGGACACACCGACCUCCGACGAGUUGGAGCAGUUUGCCAAGCAGUUCAAACAGCGACGCAUCAAGCUGGGCUUCACUCAGGCGGAUGUGGGACUGGCUCUUGGGACGCUGUAUGGAAACGUCUUUUCUCAGACCACCAUUUGCAGGUUCGAGGCGCUUCAGCUCAGCUUCAAAAACAUGUGUAAACUCAAGCCCUUGUUGAACAAGUGGCUGGAGGAGGCGGACUCUACCUCGGGGAGCCCCACCAGUCUGGAUAAAAUCGCGGCACAGGGAAGGAAAAGGAAAAAGAGGACCUCCAUCGAAGUAGGCGUCAAAGGGGCUCUGGAGAGCCAUUUUCUCAAAUGUCCAAAACCGGGAGCAGCAGAGAUCAACUCCCUGGCGGACAGCCUGCAGCUGGAGAAGGAGGUGGUGAGGGUUUGGUUUUGUAACAGGCGGCAGAAGGAGAAGAGGAUGACACCCGCUGGUGGACCGCUACCAGGAGGAGAGGACAUGUACGGGGACACCCCUCCCCAUCACGGAGGACAAACUCCCGUGCAGUGACCCCAGUCCGUUAUUUUGAGGAAAAAACGGACCGCUUAAGGAGGAAUAAUGCCUCCUUAUUUGUUUGAUUCUUCGUGCUGGACCGCUCUGAACUGGACCUCAGCCAGUUUAAAUGUUGGACCCACGGGCACACGGUGGGAAUAUACAGGGGCACUCAAGCACUAAAAAUACGCAUAGUAGAGAGCUGUAUGGAGAGGUUCCAUGCCGCGGAACAGCCAAGCAUAUUGGGAUACAGCUGGUGUGUGCUAACCAAAAAAGGCGACAUUGAUACGAAAUGCUUUUCUAUACCCUCUGAUAUGUCAUUAUGUAACGUGUCAUUAAAGAAAGGCAGAGUGUGGUGUGGACGCGAGGUGUCCGCAGGGGCAAAAAUACAAAAUCCCGCUUCGGGCUCGAUUAUAAGUCGCAGUCAGUGUGGGUAAAUAAACGCCAUCUUUCCAUCAUAACAAAAGCAACAGGGGUUCUUCGCAGCUCGUGGCAAGAGGGGGCUGAAAUGGCAGACACUUGCUGUACAAUGUUCAAAAUUAAAGCCAAUACCAGCCAACUGUUUCUAUCACCAUUAUUGUUAUUAUUAUUGUUAUUAUUAUUAUUAUUAUUACGCAAUUCUCAUGGUUAAACUAAAUUUUAUAUUGAUUGUACAGUUGUCUACAAUUUCUUUAAAUUUAAAAUCCUCCAUUGCUUUAAAAUUUCUUAUGUUUAUAAUUGAGUUCAUAAUGGACAGCGAAACAACAGUAAUAAUGAUGACAACAAUAUCAACAAUAAUAAUAAUAAUAACAAUAAUAAUAAUAAUAAUAAAGAAUACCAUAAAGACUGAAUAUUGGUUCACUUUAACGCUUUUCUUUCUGUGCGCCUGUUUACAGUGUGUUUUUUGCUGUUUGUUAUUUCUGUAGCCUACUUUUCCAAAAUGCUGUGAUGAGAAAGACCGAGACUGUCUGGCUGGAACACUCAAAGCAAUCCAGCCCAUUUUGCCUUCCUUUCCUAAGAAGAAAAACAAAAAAAAACCUGAUGAAUAUAUCCUGGUACCAGCUCUGGCCGUAAUGGCUUACUAUACUGUGUGACUCAUUCACUCAACGAGAGGACUAUUUGUGGGAUGUAUAUCUCAGUUCGUUUUUGUAUGGCUUCGUUUGUUUGUAUGUUUGUUUGUUUUCUCUGUCAGUCUGUGCCAAAGCACAAACACAGACUUGUGUUCUUGUGCCACUUAAAUCCUGUGAUUAAUAACCUGAUCUGUUACUGAGAUAAAUUUAGUACUAGUUGGAGAUUCAUUCUCUGACUAAAAUCUAAAGAAAAUACCGGAAUUCAGAAACUCAAAUCCAAUUGAAGGAUGUAGAUGUGUGGAGGGGAAAUAUGAUGUUUGAGCAGAACCAUGAUAUUAAUUUUAGGCAAUUUAUAUGACAUAUUUUGCCUUUCAAAAACUUUCUGAAUGCAUAGGCCAAAGUAGGUCUAAUGAAACGUUAUUCUCCCUUUUAAAAUGAUUUAAUCGCCUCAUCAUAAUCGGGCAUAACAAUAUCUUAUAUCAUGUUUGAUAAUAACCCCACCAGGGGAUUUUCCUUAUUCAAGGCUAUAUUACGUAAUAUUUCACCCUUAAUUUAAAUAAGGCCUGAUAUUUCUCCUGUAAAUCAGACUAAGUAAGGACGUAAUCCAUCAGCUGAAUUUGAGUUUCUGUGGUGAAAAAAAAAAAAAAGAAAUACAACCAAACCAAAAGAAAAUAGCAUCGACCUGAAAUCUGUGAUCAAACGAAGAAGAAAAACAAAUCAACGAUUGCACAAUUUCUAUAUGCUUUUUUUUUGGUCAUUAAAUCGUCUUUGUUUUCUAUAACACUGCAGUCUCUGCACGUUUAUUUAGCUUCAGAAAACCACUCGUAGCUCUGGCAACAAGAUUUUCUUCUUCUCGUACGCGGCCUUGCAUUAUAAUUGUGGAUUUUAUCAAUCCGUCUCGGUUACUUAAAAUUGUCCUUCAGCUGUUUGGGUAAAGAGUUUACUGAUACCGCUGCGUGGAGAGACACCCGUGAAGAUGCUCAGACAGCCGGCCAGUGGCCUGAAAAGAAAACCGCGGCGUUAAUUUAUCUUUUCAUCAGGAUACAAAUGAAAAUUAA